AGGUGAGAACUGAUUCUACUAUACAUACUAAUGCUGAUAUCACUAUAUGAUGCUCCACGCUUGGGAAAAUUACAAACUCUACGCUUGGGGUAAAAACGAAUUGCGACCGCUGAGUCAACGCCCGCAUUCGGGUAGUAUUUUUGGUGCCUACGAUCUUGGCGCAACCAUAGUCGAUGGCCUGGAUACACUCUAUUUGAUGGGAUUGGAGAAGGAGUAUCAAGAAGGGCGCGAUUGGAUCGAACGUAAAUUUUCGCUUGACAACAUUAGCGCCGACUUAUCAGUAUUUGAAACGAAUAUACGCUUUGUGGGUGGCAUGUUGACACUCUAUGCCUUCACUGGUGAUAAUCUGUACAAAGAGAAAGCACAACACAUUGCUGACAAGCUAUUGCCCGCCUUCCAGACGCCCACCGGUAUACCAUAUGCAUUGGUAAAUACACGAACCGGUGCUAGUAGGAAUUAUGGCUGGGCUUCAGGUGGCAGUUCGAUUUUAUCCGAAGUUGGCACAUUACAUUGCGAAUUUGUAUACCUUAGUGAUAUAACUGGUAAUCCAUUGUAUAGAGAACGUGUACAAACUAUACGACAAGUUUUGAAGGAGAUCGAGAAGCCAAAGGGUCUCUAUCCGAAUUUUAUCAAUCCCAAGACGGGCAAGUGGGGACAAAUGCACAUGUCGCUGGGCGCUUUGGGCGACAGUUUCUUCGAGUAUCUGUUGAAGGCGUGGCUGCAGUCGGGUCAGGUAGAUGAGGAGGCGCGUGAAAUGUUCGAUGACGCAAUGGUAUCGAUUAAUGAGCAUAUGAUCCGCACCAGUUCGGGUGGUCUGACGUAUGUGUCUGAUUUGAAAUUCGAUCGUUUGGAACAUAAAAUGGAUCACUUGGCGUGCUUUGCAGGUGGUCUCUUCGCCUUAGCAGCCAAUACGCGACAAAACCAAUAUGCUAAUAAAUUUAUGGAAAUCGGCAAGGGUCUGACAAAUACCUGUCAUGAGAGCUACGCAAGAACCGCCACUAAAUUAGGACCUGAAGCCUUUCGCUUCAGCGACGCAGCCGAAGCGCGUGCCUUGAAAUCACAAGAGAAAUACUACAUACUGCGACCGGAAACAAUCGAGAGCUACUUUGUGCUAUGGCGUUUGACGCACGAUCAGAAAUAUCGUGAUUGGGGCUGGGAGGCUGUGCAAGCGUUAGAGGCCCACUGUCGCACACCACAUGGCUAUUGCGGCAUUAAAAACGUAUAUCAGGAGAUGCCGCAGAAGGAUGAUGUGCAGCAGAGUUUCUUCUUGGCGGAGACGUUAAAGUACUUGUACUUGCUCUUUUCCGACGACUCUUUGCUGCCACUCGAUGAGUGGAUAUUCAACACGGAGGCGCAUCCUUUGCCCGUACGUAGCGCGAAUGUGUUCUACCGCGCGGCGCCACCCGCUCAGACGCAAGCAGACGAAAAUCGUUAAAAUUUUGUGCUAAAAUAAGGACGCUGCUGCCCGCCGUUAAAAUGUGGCAAAUUCAAUCCAAAUGAAAACCUCUGCAAUUAGUGUUAAUUUUUUUUUUUUAAGAAGACAUAGACACCUUUUUUUUUAUUUUAGGAACUUUUUGAUUUAUAGCAUAUAUGAUUUAUACAAAAGUUAACCGGACGUUACACACUGUAGAAGUUUUUUUUUCAUAGACAGAUAUAGUUUGCUCAGCGAUUUAUUUAUUAUUAUUAUUUUAUUUUAUUUUUUAAUAAGAAGGUAAUCGAAUACUUACACGAUAUGUAUACAUAUA